UAACGUCAUCAGUUUAUGUGUUUCCGUGACGUUACCACACGCGAAUGUAUUUUCCUGCGGCUGUGUACGCUGUGUGGACGGAAUUUUAACUCGAAGCGAAAUCUUUUUACCCAUCUUACAGCGUUUUCUUCCUCUCUGGUGGAUCGACACGUAUCUUCCCGACUUUGGUGACCUGUAGGAGACAGUGGGACCAUGGUACGACCGGUCAAGCGGAGGUCGGCCGACCCGCAGGUGGUGAAACAGCUGUGGAACGCCAUCGGCCACAUCCGGGAGCAGAAGCAGAUCGCGAACAUCGAGCGCAUCACCAAGUACAUGGGGCGCGAGUACGAGAUCUCCAACCGCGAGACCGUCAAGCAGCUGGGCCACGCGGUGAAGGACGGGCUGGUGAUCGAGACGGUGACCCUCGGGGUCAAGGGCGCGAAGGCAGGGGUGGAACAGGAGGGGUACUGGCUGGUCGGCGAUGAUCCGAUAGUGCCUCUGGACGCAGGAGGCACAGAUCCCACAGAGGGAGAGGACCAUGACUGGUACUGUUUUGAGUGCCACCAGCCAGGAGAGGUGGUCCUGUGUAGCGGGUGUCACCGUGUCUACCACAGCAAGUGUCUGCCCGAGGAGUGUAAACCACGUGACUCCGCUUCCCAGUGGUACUGUCCUGUCUGCCAGGCAAUGCAGCGUAAAACCCAGCCUAUAAAGAAGAAAGAGUUGAACAGGAUGCUCGUGUUUGUGGUCUACAGAAUGAAAGAAAAGGUGCAAUCCCGCGAGCUGUCCAGAAAAGUCAGCCUGCAGGACCAUCCCAACUUCCCUCGCCUGGUCCACUCACACAUGGACCUGUCCAUCAUGCAACAGCGGGCAGAAGAGUGCAAGUUCAAGUGUCCGGAGGAGUUUGAGGCAGCGACUCGACAGAUCCUCCACAAUAACCUGAUCUACUACGGAGAUGAGAGCGAGUUCACUGAGCUGGCCAGAGUAGUGCUGGCUGACUGUAGACAUGAUCUGCGAGAGAUCCAGCUGUGUAAGGACUGUUACAUGAUGUCCAACUCCAGAAACCUGAAGGACUGGUUCAUCAGACCUUGUGACCCUCCCCAUGCCCUGGUGUGGGCUAAGAUGAAGGGUUUCGGUUGGUGGCCGGCCAAGGUUCUCCAAGACAAGGAUGGCCAGUCAGAUGUCAGGUUCUUUGGCAGGCUUCACCAGAGAGCCUGGAUCACAGAAGACUGCAUCAAGCCGAUUGACAUAAACAUCCAGCAGCUGCAAAAGAAGCGGACAGCUGCGUGGAAACGAGCGUACGAUGAAGUGCAGGAGCAUCAGUCCAGGCUAGAGCACGUGCAGGCCAACCCCCUGUCGGUGUCGUCAGAGUCGCGAGGCUCGUCCCACAGUGAUGGGGAUGAUGAUGAUGAUGAGGAGGAGGAGGAGGAGGAGACCAUGCAGGAUGCAGACGACAGCGGGGAUGACCUGUCUGAACCUGAGGAACCAAUAUCCAGCACUUCCAAUGGGGACCAACAGGAGCUUGCUGAGGCAGUGAACCAGGUGAGCUCCACCGGCGAGGUGUUACAGCCGACGCCCCCCGCCACGCCCCAGAAGGCCUCCGUCUCCACGGUCGCCACGCAGACGCGGAAGUGGGCCUCAGCCGCGGAGGGGAAGGCCCCGAGCACCAAGACCAAGUUCGUCCAGACGGUGACAUCCAACGCGCCCGCCUGCACCUGCCACGAGAAAUACAACAAGAUCUUCUCAGACUUCAAGGAGAGGAUGGAGGAGAAUCAGAAGAAGGAGAAGGAGCAGAUUCUACAGGACCUGACAGACAAGCUGAAGAGUGAACAUGAGCAGGACAAGCGAGAAUCCCUGGCCAAGGCAGCCGCGAGUAACAAGUCUGAGGUGGAGCAAGCCGUUAAGAAGGCCAAGGAGGAGGUGGAGUCAUCCAAGACAGUGGACCGCAAGCAGAUGGAGGAGGAACACAAGGCCGAGAUCUCAUUUGUCAAGAGACGUCAGUGGUGUUACAACUGCGAGGCUGAGGCGAUGUACCACUGCUGCUGGAACACCAGCUACUGUUCUGUCAAAUGUCAACAGGAGCACUGGCACGCAGAGCACAAGAAAACCUGCCGGCGCAAGCGCUGAGAAGCGGCACUCCUCGAAAACUUCCCAGAAGACCAAGUCAUCCAGCUUAGUUCUAGACAUCAUUGUUCUUCUUCAUCAUUGAGAGACAUUUCAAAUGAAUUAAUCAUAGUCAAACUUUUACAAAAUGCCCUUGCUGGCAAAAUGAAACCUUAAGAUUGCACUAUUGGUACAAGACAUUUUAGUUUUGUAAGCGUGAGUGAUAGAAAUAUAGUAUUUCAUUCCCCUCGUUUCUCACAGUUUUGUAUUCCUUACAGACCAUCCAACAGUUCCAAGUACUUUUUCAUGUAGAAUGCUUCAUUGAGAACACUUUUUCAUGUAUCUAUACAACCCUAGCUGGCAAAAGGAACAACAUAUACAGGCAAUAUCCUACAGUUCCUACCCUAUCCACAAGUUUGUUUCCCAGGGAAAUUUCUAAUAAAACAGUGAAAUAAGUGUGUUACUUUUAAUCUUCUGUUCAGCUCCUACUGCAUCAGAUACUGGACAGUCUAGUAGAUAAACUGAAAAGACUUUGGCUAUCCAUUAACCUCUUAAAACAGUAUGUACAGUUUCAUGUUUGUAGAUGUUUCUGGUGUCUGUGUGUUUCCCUAGCUUCUACUGGGUUCUACAAUGUACAUGUCGUAACUUAACCCUGCUGAAACCUACACAUUUAAGUGUUACAGGUUUAUAUAUGAAACUGCCAGCACUGGGAGUUAAGGCAAUGCAUCCACUGCUACUGUAUUGUAUGACCA